AUGCAUCAACGGAGGUAUCAAGCACACCACGCAGAUCUCGUCGGCUGCCGUGCUGAAGCUGAUGAAGAUGCGGAGAGAAGCGAGUCAAAAUUACCCAGUGGACCUGUUGCUUUGACCGUUCCAAAGCCAUUGACCUUAACCGGCAUGCAGAUGACCCGGAGCCGAAUAACAAUCGGCAGGAGCGCAAGUGUGUUUAGAGAGUACUGUGGGCGGCAGCUGAACAGGAAAUCGUCAUUGCCGUUGAAGCUCGUCAAGCGCAAGCCUGGUGUAAAGCUCGGCGUUAAUUUUUUCCUCGUGUUUGCGGCUGUGAUUUCAAUGACGGAUGUCAAAUUUAUCUUCGUCAUAGCGUUUAUAUGGGGCGUUCCUGUCAGACUUGGUGAUAUUCGAAACGCGUAUGAAAAGGCGACAACGAAGGAGGACAUCGAGAUCUUUUUGUUCGUCUCCGACGGGCUCGUCAUUACGGAAGUAGAGCUUAAGGCACUCAGGGCUGAGAGCGUGGAUGAAAAUGGACUGUUUUUCGGACAGAGUCUGUUCGUUGAAGCAGGCAGGGUGCCUCUGACAUGA